CCCACGGUUCGCCUGGCUGUGGGCUUGCCUGCACUAUGCUGCAUCUGUGCCACGGUGAUCAUCUAUCUAAAAGAUCUGGGGCGGAGCGAGGUGUGUUUGGGCUGUUUGGUCAGCUCCAACGAGGGGGUGACGAGGCUGUGCAGGCCAUCUCGAGACCACAUCUCGAAACAUUCUGGAAUGCUUCCGCGGGCUGUCAGGGCGGGCUGUCAGGGCUGUGCCUCUAGGCUUCAGGCCUGUCAGAAUGCACGACAAAAUACACUUGGCCUGCACAUCCGCUCCAAUCCUCACCAACCUCAAUCGUCUCCUUCCUCCUGUCCAUCCUCAAUGUCACCUCACAAUCCAUCACCACCACCCUGACUGCCCCAGAUUUGGAGCAUUUCAGAUCCUUCACGCCACCCAUAUCACCCGAGACAGGGACGUCUUACUCGAGCACAGGUCGGCCAGCCGGCUCAGCCCCGUCCACCCGUCGCUCCUCGACCAAUGGCGCCCCAUUCCGGCGACAAGAGUCUCUUGGACAGACUGAAUGCGUUGAAGCCCACCAGCGUCAACCUUGACCGCUCUACCAACGCCCUGGACAUUCCCACAACCGGAACCGACCACGCCUCCUCUGCCGCCGAGCCCCUGUCCAGGGAGGAUGCCCUGACGGAACGGCUCCGGUCUCUGCGGAACCGGGGGGACAACCACGAUCCCCCUCCGCCAUACUCCCCAUCGCCACCCGCCACACGCCCACAGCCACAGCCUCCGUCUGCUGUCCGAGCCACGGGACUAUCCUCGCCCGGGGUAGGGACCGUGAGCAGCCGCCGAUCUGAUGAUGCCGCCGAGGGAGGUAGCCAGUCCUCUGGCGACUAUGACCACUACUUCGAUGACGUCCUGCAGCCCCUCGACCUGGACGAGGACGUCUCGGACUCGGAUGGCGGCGGGGGGCCGUCGAGGCGCGUAGAGGACCUCCUGGCCAGGCUCAAGGCGGCCCCGGGGGCGGCGGCGGCACGGCCUCCCCUCCCUGCCGGGGACAACAAACCCGACCAGUCCGACGAUGACUCCGAGGGCGAGGCCAUGUCGCACGAGGUGGAAGAUGUAAUCUCCCGCGCCAUGGACGCGCUGGAUCUCGACGGGCCCCGGGGCGGAGACUCCGGGGCGGGCGGUGGUGAUGGUGACGGCGAUGCGCUCGCGCUCCCGACCGUACCGCAGGACGCGGCCGACGAGGGCCAGGAGGACACCGCCUCCUCCUCGUCACAAAAGCCCCGACCACCAGCAGGGCGCACCAACAACGACGACACAACCGCGGCGGGCCUGUCCCUCCCGACAGUCCCCACGGCCCUGGUCGACCCGGCCCCAACCUCAGGCGCCAUCCCCAACCCCAGCGGCAGCAGCGACCCCUUCGAGUCCUCGAUAGAGGCCCGGCUCGCGGCGCUCAAGGGCGCCGGCGCGCCCAUCAUCCGCACCGACGCGCUGGGCCUCCCCUCGGCGCCGACGUUCCGGCCCGAGGACAACCGGGGCGCGUCACGCGCGGCGGGGCCGGGGAAGGGCUACACGGACGCCGACCAGAAGACGUGGUGCAUCGUGUGCCUCGAGGACGCGACCGUCCGGUGCCUGGGCUGCGCCGAGGACGGCAGCGGCGUCGGGGAGGUCUACUGCGCGCGGUGCUGGAGGGAGAUGCACGUUGGGCCGUCGGCUGGGUAUGAUGAGCGGGGGCAUGCCUGGGAGAAGUUCGAUCCCAGAAGGCUCUGAGGGGUGGAGGGGGUGUCAGGCGAGCAGGAUGCGUGUAAGUCGCGUAGGAGGUCACGCGGUUAGGUGCAUCCUAGAAGCUUGUCGGGCCUAUACUUAUAGUCACUACUAGCAUUCAUAUAAAGUGGAUUAAUACAGUC